UGUAAAUCCCAUUCUCUUUCCAUUUUUUCCUUUCCUCCCCACAAUAAUUGCCCCCACCCUUUUUUUUGUUGCUCUCCUCCUCUGCCUGCCCUUCUUCUUUCCCUUCUUCUUUUGCAGUCCUCUUUUCCCUUAUUCUACACUUUGAGCAAGAGACAGAGCGAGAGAGAGAGAGAGAGGAGAGCGAGAGAGGGAGAGAGACCUCCUCCCCAUCCAUAGAGUCUUUUCCUCCUCGUUUCCCUGGUAACCACCCGGAGUGCAGUCUCUGCCUGACAGCAGUGUCCCCGCACUCUCAGCGCACUUCUGACUGUCUGAGAGAGUGCAGCAUGGAGCCCCAGGCAGUGUCCGACGAGGGGGAAGCACUUGCCUGUGACCCUCCAAGUCCAUGUGAGGAAGACCCCAUCGAAGGGGAAUAUCUUCACUCUGAAGAUUCUAACAAUCCUACAGCAGACAGCCCUUCCUCUACUGAAUGUGCCAGCUCUACCCCAGAGGCACUGCCAACUAUCUACCCUGCACCAGCAGACUCGUGGAAAACAUUAAUAGGAGACGUAGAGUUCCUUUACCAAGAAUACAGAGAUAAAUCCACACAAAAUGAGAUUCAAGCUCGAAGACUUCAGGACAAGUAUGCUCAACCUGCUAAAACUCCAGAUAGCCCUAAAUCGCCAACACAGGGGUCUCCUUCAGCUACAGGACCUCACCGGUCUAAUUCAACGCUAAGCCGUUUACAAAACACAUCUUCUGGCUUCAACCUGUGGCAGGAUCUGCCAGAAAUCAAAAAUAGCAGAGUCCUGACUGUCCUGCAGCCACAAGAAGUCAAACUUCAAGAGGCAAUGUUUGAACUAGUGACAUCUGAAGCAUCUUAUUACAAGAGCCUGCGCCUUCUUGUGUCCCAUUUCAUGGAGAGUGAGAGGUUGAAAGCCACUCUGCACCCGUCAGAAAUACACUUCAUAUUCUCCAAUGUACUGGAGGUCCUGUCUAUCAGUGAAAGGUUUCUUCUGGAUUUGGAACAAAGAUUUGAGGAAAAUUUGGUGAUUUCAGAUGUCUGCGACAUUGUCUAUGAACAUUCAGUCAAUCACUUUGGGGUCUACGUCACCUACGUCUGCAACCAGACCUAUCAAGAAAGAGCAUACAGGAAGCUGCUUCAGGAAAGGACAGAAUUCCGGGACGCCGUAGCUCAUUUGGAGACUAAUCCUAUUUGUAAAGGCCUUCCUUUUUCCUCUUUCCUUAUCCUGCCUUUUCAGAGGAUCACACGCCUGAAACUCCUGGUACAGAAUAUCCUAACUAAAGUCGAGGAGGGCUCAGAGCGAGAGGCAUCAGCACUGCAAGCACACCGUGAACUGGAGAAACUUGUACGAGCCUGUAAUGAUGGAGUCAGGAAGAUGAGUCGUACAGAGCAGCUUAUUAGCAUAGAGAAGACACUUGAAUUUAAGAUCAAGUCUGUACCCAUCAUUUCUCACUCACGAUGGCUAUUAAAGCAGGGUGAACUACAACAAAUGUCAGGACCACGCACAUCCCGCACCCUCCGCACAAAGAAACUUUUCCGCUCAGUUUAUCUCUUCCUCUUCAACGAUUUGCUGCUCCUGUGCAAGCGUCAGCCUGGGGAUCGGUUUCAGGUGUUUGAUGUUGCAGCACGUGGCCUUCUGCGUGUAGAAGAACUGGAAGACCAAGGCCAGAGCUUCGCCAACGUCUUUAUCCUCAAACUGCUGGAGAACGCACAUGAGAGGGAGUUUACGUAUAUGCUAAAGGCUUUAUCCCAGAGUGAAAUGAAACGGUGGAUGACGUCAUUAGUUCCAAACCGAAGAACAAAAUUUGUUUCAAUUACCACUCGGGUUUUUGACUGCCCGCAGGUGCAGUGUGUCCACCCAUACAUUGCCCAGGAGCCGGACGAGCUGUCCCUGGACCUGGCAGACCUGCUCAAUGUCCUGGACAAGACAGAUGACGGUUGGGUUUUCGGAGAACGCUUGCAUGACCAAGAAAGGGGCUGGUUCCCCACCACAGUGGCAGAGGAAAUCCUCAACAGAGACAUUAGGACGCAGAACCUGAAGGAAUGUUUACGGGUGCACAAAGCCGAUGAUAGCAGCCAGAACAAAGACCGGCGGAAGAUGGGAAGCCGGACGCGGCAGUGACCCCCUGGUGAUGGAAUGGGUGCCAGCAUGCAUAGGGGGCUGGGCUGGGGACAAGAGCGGUGUGUCUGUGACGCGAUGCAAAUAUUCUAUAUAAAUAUAUGUAUAUUAUCUACAA